AUGAAGUCCUUCUUCAGAGCUUUUCUCUGUUUCUUCUCAGUUUUCCUGGUAGAUAUUUCUUACUGCUAUAAUGUUAUAUAUCCAUCUCAGAUUCUAGCCCAAAGUUACGCACAAAGAAGAAAUUAUGGUGAUCCCCCCGGUGCCCGACUGAGGACCCUUAAUCCAGCAGCCACCGACUCCCACUGCAGGAGCCGCCCGCUGGACCUCGUCUUCAUCAUAGACAGCUCCCGCAGCGUGCGUCCAGGUGAGUUCGAAAAGGUCAAGGUGUUCCUGUCAGACAUGAUGGACACUCUGGAUAUCGGUGCCGACACCACCCGCGUCGCUGUGGUGAACUACGCCAGCACCGUCAAGAUCGAGUUCCUGCUCAAAGACCAUCUCAAGAAGGAAGGCAUCAAGCAGGCGAUCGGGCGUAUCGAACCCCUGGCUGCUGGCACCAUGACCGGCCUGGCCAUCAAAAAAGCCAUGGACGAGGCCUUCACGAUCGCCUCGGGGGCCCGGCCCAAGUCUCAGAACAUCGCCAAGGUGGCCAUCAUCGUGACAGACGGGCGCCCCCAGGAUCAGGUGGAGGAAGUGUCGGCUGCAGCCCGGGCCUCGGGGAUCGAGAUGUACGCCGUGGGCGUGGACCGGGCAGACAUGCGUUCUCUGAAGCUCAUGGCCAGCAAUCCACUGGAAGACCACGUGUUCUACGUGGAAACCUAUGGAGUCAUCGAGAAGCUCACAUCCAAGUUCCGGGAGUCUCUGUGUGGUUUGGAUCCCUGUGCCAUGGGAAACGACUGUGAGCACAUCUGCAUCAGCAGUGGCUCCUCCUAUAACUGCCGGUGUUGGGAGGGCUAUAUUUUGAACGAGGACAAGAACACGUGCUCCCUUCAACAUAUUAAGGCGGUGGUGGUGCAGGACGCGUGUCAUUGUGAGGCCAGACUGGCCUUCCAGAGACAGACGCAAAACUCCAUCCAGGAACUGAAUGCCAAACUAGCUCAUGUUACCAAGAAAGUCGAGCAAAUGGAGAAACUGUUGGUCCGAUAGUGAUCAUACCCAGGUUUUGGACUCUGUGAAAUGGCCAUGUGGAUGAGUUUCCAUUCUUCAGAAGCCUCAACACUGACCACACCAUCCUGCAGCUGAACCCUAGAGCUUCAAUGAGAUGACA